AUGGAUUUUAAUUUCAAGAAGAUUGCCAGUGAAGCUGGUGGCUUUUUCAGCCGAGCGAAACAGUAUACGGAGGAGACUUUCUUGAAAGCGGAACGCACAGAUCUUGAUCCACAUUUCGAGAAUUUAUUACAAAGGGCGGACAAGACAGAGGAACAUACUCGAAGGCUACUCUCUUGUAUAGAAAGCUAUUUGCAACCGAAUCCUACCAUACGCAUGGAAGAAGUCUUUUACGAAAAAUUGGAGUUAAAGAAGGAUCAUGCAAGCCGUUUGAAUAAUUUGGAAUUGAUGGCACAAGCUAUGAGCGAAGCUGGAGAGGAAUUUGGCUCAUCAGCACCAUAUGGAAAUGCACUUGUGAAGAUAGCUCAGACUGAACAGAAACUGGGACAGGCUGAGCGAGAAUUUGUUACGUCGUCAGCCAGUCAAACUCUGCUCCCCAUUCGACGAUUUUUAGAGGGCGACAUGAAGACAAUCCAGAAAGAACGCAAGGUGUUAAACAGCAAGCGUUUGGAUCUAGAUGCGUGCAAAAGUCGUCUCAGAAAGGCAAAAACUGUGGAGAGCCAAGCUGCAGCAGAAGCAGAUUUGAGGGUGGCACAGGCUGAAUUUGAUAAGCAAGUGGAGAUCACGAAAUUGCUGCUGGAGGGAAUUCAAACAGCCCAUAACAAUCAGUUGAAAUGUCUGCGAGACUUCGUUGAUUUGCAAAUGUCGUAUUUCGCUCAAGCCCAUCAAAUGUUGGCCGAUCUACAGCGAGAACUGAGCGGUUCGCUAAGUGAUCCUCACAUUGGACUCUUCGCCAAACCCGCCACUCCAUCCUCAGCACAGAAUGGUCCCGUUCUCACCCCUGGAGAUGAUCUCAAGUUGUACUGUUCACGUUAA